AUGGAUAGCAUCAUUAACUCCCAAGCCGUCUUCGGUGACGAACUUCAGGCCAUCGCAACCAAUAACCUCGAUACUAUUUCGUCGUCGGCACCAACCCAAGAGUACAGUACUCUUUUGUAUGGAUCUGGCUGGGUUACCAAUACCAUGUCAGAUGUGGUAGAUCUUCCUCUCGGACAACUUCCUCCAGGCCUAGACCUAUUGUUCGCCAGUUCCGUUAGCCAUGAGCUCUUUACACCAGUCGUACCUGGGCAUGUCAAACAGACCAUAUCUGGUUCUUCAGCCAGACGCUACCAGCACCUGUGUCUCCCCAUUGUGCUGGGCGGUCAGGAGAAAUUGAAGUGCACAUGGCUCGGAUGCUCGAGCAUCCUCAAAAAAGAUAGUCACACUCGCCAUGUAGAAGAAGUUCAUUUUCGAACGGUUAAGGCUAUCUGCACCCGUUGUGAAAGGGAAUUCACGCGCACAUACGCGAAGAAGAAACAUGAACUUACGUGUCCAGAACACCUCCGCCCCGAUUCUAGCAGAGAAAUCAAUUUUAGAUAUCCUUUGGGAAAAACAUUCCAUGCUCGAGCACGAGUCGCUAGCCCGGCUUGUGGGACCGCUCGGGUCUAUACUAAGUUCUGGGUGAAUGUACUUGGAGCCUGGGCAGAUAAUUACUCGGAAUGUUCUGUUGAGUCCAUCGCAGCCUAUAGGGCAGUGUCUGGCCUCGUCGUUCCUUGCGGAUGGUACACUGGCGAGUCGCGACCAAAUGCUGAUCCGAAGUUUCCAAACGAAGUGAACCGUUUCAAUUCUGGCAAUGGAAAUUGA